CUGCCUCUUCCAGUCCCUCACGUCUAGUAAACACACUUAGUUCCUUUUAGAGAUUAUUUAGACCGCGACUCCCCGCGAGGAAACUUUUAACAGACUGUCCAGCGGCUGAACGCAAUGGGGAAGAUAGAAUGGGCGAUGUGGGCCAAUGAGCAGGCUCUGGCUUCGGGGCUCAUUCUUCUAACUGGAGGGAUUGUAGGAGUGGCUGGCCAGUUCAGAGGCUGGCAAUUUGCUGCUUAUUCAGUUGCUGCAGGGGUGUUUGUGUGUCUCCUUGAGUAUCCCAGAGGCAAGAGAGCCAAAGGCACAAGUGUGGAAAGAACGGGCCAGUACUGUUUCACAGUAUGUGUCAAAGCCUUUGGGCCGUUGACAAGGAACUACUAUGUCAGGGCGUUUUUACAUGCUGCAAUCUGUGUGCCUGGAGGUUUCAUGCUUGCUACAGUCCUCGGGUGUGUCUGUCUUGGCAUCGCCAGCCUUAUCUACCUUGCAGCAGCUAUCCGAGGUGAGCACUGGGAACCCAUUCUUCCACGGAAGGAUGUGCGAAAGCCAGUUGCUGAGAGCAUCAAGAGUCCUCCACAGAAUCCACCACCAAGACCUCCUGCAGAGAUUCGCAGGAAGCAAGCAAAGGACCUUGAGGGAGCAGCCUACGACAACCCCAUGUCUGUUACUGCUGAUGAGUAGCCAGUGCAGUGUCCUGUCCUCUUUAUGUCCUCGCCUUAAAACCAGUCACAGUGAGACACCAUCAGUCUAUGACGAUGAAUGAACACUUUUCUGAAGUUUAGUGAAGCUAAUAAAUGGACAACACAAUGAGUACCCUUUUUUUUUAACUCAGAAAAAUGCCAAAGAGAGAAUUCAAAGAAAGAUGGAUGAAGUGAAUGUUGUAUUUUUGCUAUGUUUGAAGGAAAAAAUAAACAUGUCACAUAAGAUAAAUGCUGCAUGCUGCUAGGUGAUAACGAUGAACAAAUAAUGCCAGUUUUGUAUACUGGAGGUAUGUCAGUGUUUAUUGCUCUGAUAAAAGUUCUAAAUUUUAAACCAGUACAAGUUCUGUGGCAGCCACCAACUUCAGUACUCACACUGUAUUCCUAACCCCUUAUGUAGGCUAACUGUGUCUUUCUUGAAGGCAUCUGAUUAGAAUAGGAUACAGUUCUAGGAUUUUUUUUAUAUAUAUAUAAUUUAUUUUAUUUUAUUUUUUAUUUUUUUGCCAUAUUAUUUCUUGGCUGUAACUGGUUGAUUUUAUCCAUGUAUUAGAUUCUUUUUGAUCAGACUAUUACUGUGUUGAAAAUAAAUCUGUUGCUUUCUUUGAA